CCUCUCAGUGUUUGUUUACAUGAUCAGCUGAGAGAGAAGGCGGGUUCUACAAGCAUGAGAGAAUUCUCACCUUGUCUCUGAUGCUAUAUGAGGAGAGAAAUGGAAAGGAAAUGGACAAUUUAUUACUGGUGCAAAUAGAUCAAAAAGUGGUCCAGUAUGGACAGCACCAAGAACUUCAAGUGCUCCUACUGCAAGAAGGUGCUGAGUUCCAAACGUAACCUUGAGCAACAUGAGCGAAUUCAUACGGGUGAAAAGCCUUACCAAUGUUCAUUCUGUGAUAAAAGCUUUUCUGUGAAGAGCAACCUUGGUGUGCACAUUAAAUCGCAUACAGGUGCAGCAAAGACUCAUGAAUGCCUGAAGUGUGGCAAGAAAGUAAUGUCUGCAGAAGCUCUCAGAAAACAUGAAAUGAUGCACAAAAAUGAAAGGCCAUUACAGUGUGGAGUUUGUGAGAAAAGAUUCAUUGAUAGGUCUAAUCUCAUUCAUCAUGUGCAGACACAUACAUCUGAAAAAAGUUUUGAAUGCUCACAGUGUGAAAAAAAAUUCUUCACAAAAUAUCUUUUAAAGCGUCAUGAAGAAUCACAUGCAGGUGUGAAGAAUUUCCAGUGUUUACAGUGUGAAAAAAAGUUUUUAACUAAAAGUAAGCUAGCCAACCACAAGAAAGUUCACACAGGUGAAAAGAAAUUUGUUUGUGCACACUGUGACAAAACAUUUCGAACUAAGAGCAACUUAACUAUGCAUAUAAAAAUCCACACAGGAGACAAACAGUUCAAAUGUUCAUACUGUGAUAAAGAAUUUAUAAGGAAGGCUGAUAUGGAAAGACACAUAAAUAUCCACACAGGUGAGACACCAUUUAGUUGCCAGUACUGCAAUAAGAAGUUCAGUUGCAGAUCAAACUGUAAAGAGCAUGAGAAUAAUCACACCAGAAAUAAACCCUAUGGAUGUUCAAUGUGCAGCAUGAAGUUUGCCCUGAAGUACGAAUUACACAAACACGAAGAGUCUCAUAUAGUGAAAGGAAAGUCGGAUCUGGGAGAGGACUUUGCUAAUUUAUCAAAAUCUAGAAAACAUGAGAAUGAUAAGUCAAGGGCGAAGGGAGAGAGUGUCAUGGCCUCUCACCAGGUAUUAGGAUUUCACAUCAAGGAUAGUAACCUUGGUGCACAGGCUAAAAACCUUACUAUACCAGAUGAUGCUUUUGUGCAAAAUGAAUUUGGUGCACAGGACAGUAAUCAUGAUGUACAAGACAACAAUCUUGAUGUUCAAAGUACCUCCUUUGACACACAGGAAGUUAGUCAAAGUGUUCAAGAUAAUGACCUUGGUUUGCAGGAAAAUAAUUGUGUUGUACAAGGUGACUUGCAGAAUAAUAACUCAAAUGUACCUACAGAGACUUGCACAGACAAAGUACAGUUUGGAUGUUCACAGUGUGAAAAGAAGUUCAAGUCUAAAGGAAGUUUAAGAAGACAUGAAAAAGGAAAACAUGAAGCUGAAUGGAUCCUCAGAAAUCAUGUAAAAAUUGACCAUCAUGUAAAACCAUUGAAGUGUCCUCACUGUGAUAUGGAGUUCCUUGAGGAAUCUCAGCUAAAUAAACAUGUUGUAAGUCAUUCAGGUGAGGAAAAGCAAGAGCCAAAGGUAAAAUCCCCAAUUUCUGUUGGUUCAUCAGAAGGCCAGAGGGAAACUAUGAGUGAAUAUGUGGCAGGGAAGUUACCUUCAAAAGUAUUACUAAAUGAGGAGAGGCUAUUGCCUUCCCAACAACUACAAGAUGGGUCUCCCACAAAGGAUGCUUGUGCAAAGAUACAAUCAGAUGAUAAACGAUUUGGGUGUUUGUACUGUAAUAGAAGAUUUACAUUUAAAUGUCACUUAAAAGAUCAUGUGGAAAGUAUGCAUUCUAACAAUGAGAAAUAUCAUUGUUCUCAGUGUGAUAAGAAAUUCAAGGUAAGGAAAACCUUUUUAAAACAUAAAAGGAGCCAUAAUAAACCUUACCAGUGUUCACUAUGUGAGUUAAAGUUUUCUUACCCAUGGAUUUUGAAAAAGCAUGAGAGAGUUCACAAAAAUAUACGGUACCAUGCUUGUAUGCAUUGUGAUCAAAAGUUCAGGCUCUUGUCAAAUCUUAAUAAGCAUUUAGGAACUAAUGCUGGGGAAAAACACUUCUGGUGUUACUCUUGUGAUAAAAAAUUUGAAGCUAAGUGUGUUUUAAAAAAACAUAUGGAAAUGCACAAAGAUGAAAAAAUGAAGAGCUGUCCAUACUGCGAUAUGAAAUUCCUUGGGACAGCUGAGCUCAAAUAUCACUUGUUAAUUCAUAAAACUCAGGAAGGCUUCGAGGGUGAAGAAAAAUUUUCUAGUUCAGCUGCUUUGGGGAAUGAUCAAGAUAAAGAGCAGAACAAAGAGGGGAUUGACCCAAUACUUUCAGGGGAAAGAUCCCCAAUAGACUCACAGGAGGAUAAAAAGUUAUCACCCUCCAAGCUGGUGGAAGAUGCAAGUCAAGCUCCAAAUGGUCCCUCUAGCAAGAAUGUUGGAAAGAUGCUUUCAAAUCAAAAGCCAUUUGGAUGUCCAAUUUGUAAGAAAAGAUUAAGCUCGGUGGAUACCUUACAGAGGCAUAAGAGGAGAAAACAUGAUUUGCAUAAACCUUUCCAGUGUUCACAGUGUGAUUGGAAAUUCACAUAUGCUUAUGAACUGAGAUCUCAUGAGGGUACUCAUAUACAAGAGAGAAGUAGAGUUGCUUGUUUGUACUGUAAUCAGAAAUUCCUCCAUGAUUUCAAUCUUAAGCGUCACAUAAAAAUCAGUACUAAAGAAAAUCCAUUCAAGUGCCCCAAGUGUGUUGAAACUUUUGAAGUACAAUGCUUGCUUAGAGAACACAUACAAACUCAUAAAGGUGAAAAAACCUUUAAAUGUACACACUGUGAUAUGAGAUUCUUUAAUAAGUCCAGGCUGAUCCUACACAGCAAAGUGCAUGAAGGCAAAAAAUUUUUAACAAGUAAGGAGGAAUGUUUCAGUGAGAGUGGUUAUUCUCCCAAGAACUUACUCUCCGAAACAUUCUCAGAUGAAAGCCCAUUUUGGUGUUCACACUGUGAAGAAAAAUUCAUAACAGAGACGGACUUGAUACAGCAUGGGAAAAUACAUGUUAGUGACAUGCACCAGUGCUCUCAGUGUAAUAUGAAGUUCACCACAAUAUGGGAACUGAAACAACAUGAGAAAAUUCAUUUACAUCAAAGUAAUUUAACAUGUUCACAUUGUGAUAAAAAGUUUUUAGAUAAGACUGACCUCUUCAGACACACAAAAGCAAAUGCUUAUGGGAAGCAAUUCAAAUGCUCUUACUGUGAUGAAAAUUUUAAUGCAAAAUGUAUUCUGAAGAAGCAUGCAAAAAUUCACAAGGGCGACAAACCAUUCUAUUGUUCACUCUGCGACAUGAACUUUAUUUGGAGAUCUCAGCUUGAUCAUCACCUUACAACCCAUAACAAUAAAGAAACUAAGAAAUGGGAAGAUAAGCUGACCACUUUGCCCUUUUUAAGGAAAUGUCUAAAGAAAGUGCCAAACAAAAAGACCCAAAAGCAGAUAAUGACUCCAAGCCCUUUGCAUAAUGAUAUUCCCACGGCAGAAUCCCAAGAACAGAAAUCUGCAAAGGUCCAGCCGGAUCCAGAAGGAAGUCCCAUCAAGGAACACGGCACUAAUGAAAAUUUUCCAGCGACAGCCCAAUUCAACGUAGAUGAAUGUCCCCUAGAGGAAAAUGCUUCCAUUGGAAAAAAAUCAAUAAAAGAGGUUCUGGAAUCCUCUAGUAAUGAGGAGAAAAGUCAUAAGGAAGAUUGUCCUGCACCAACAGUGCUAAGAAGAGCCCAUGUAGAAGGAAGUGAACUAGAGGAAUUAUCCCCUGUAAAGCAAGUUCAGGAAGAUUCUAGCUCUAAGGAGACCAGUACUGAAGAAGAUCUUCCCAUACCAGCUGAGCUAAGAUCCCUUGCAGGAGGUCAGCCAAAGGGAAAGUCCCCUGUAAAUGAAGUUCAGGAAGAUUCUAGCACUGAGGAGACAGAUUGUGAAGCAGAUCUCCCUGCACUAACAGAACAAAGAAUAUCUUAUAUAGAAGAAAGUGAGCCAGAAGAAAAAUCCCCUGUAAAACAUGUUCAGGAAGAUUCUAGCUCUGAGGAGACAGAUAGUGAGGCAGAUCUUCCUGCACUAACAGAACAAAAAAUAUCUUAUAUAGAAGUAAGUGAGCCAGUAGAAAAAUCCCAUGUAAAUCAGCACCAAGAAGAUUCUAGCUCUGAGGAGACUAGUAUUUUGGAAGAUCUUCCAGCACCAGCAGAACUCGCAGAGGGAGGUGAACCAAAGGAAAGUUCUGUAAAACAGAUUCCAGAAGAUUCUAGCUCUGAGGAGACCAGUACUGAGGAAGAUCUUCCAGCACCAACAGAGCAAAAAAGAUCCCUCGUAGGGAGUCACCUAAAGGAAAAAUCCCCUAGAAAGGAGUUUCAAAAGACUGAUAGUUUGGAUAUUUCCCCUAUACCAGAAGAACUAAGAUUCAACAUAGUAAGAAGUCAAGUAGAGGGAAACAUUACAGAUAUGAGAGAGUCUCCCAUAAAGGUGGUUCAGUCACAGGAACACCUCUCUAUUACAAGAGAAACCAAAGAAGACUGGAGGAUUUUAAUCUCCAUCUUGAUUGAAAAUUUAGAAUGGUCCCUGAAGCACUGGUAGGCAAAAGGAAAAUAGAGAAGCCAGUUAUUAGAUGUUAAAAUCUAUAGAUUAUAUAUGAUGAAAUAAAUAGAAUAUCCUUUAUUACAAAUAUGAAAAAAGUGUGAUAAUAAAGUGCUAUAUAAA